UAAAAUACUAAUUUAAUUAUUAUUGGUAUAUACUAAAUAAAGCUGAUUUUAUUAAUUGUGAUAACUUUUAAAAUGACAUUUACUGUGUUGAUGGCUAAAAAUGUUCAAAAAUGUUUCAAAUUUAUAACAGGUUCACAGACAAUCAGACAUUUUUCAUCAAAACUAGCUGAAGAAGACUUGAAAGUAACUGAUGAUUGUAUUAAACGUCUUGAAGCUAUUUGUGACCAAGAUGAAUUUCUUCGUCUAAGUGUUGAAAGCGGUGGCUGUUCUGGAUAUCAAUACAAGUUUGAAUUAGAUAAAACUAUUGCAAUAGAUGAUUGUGUAUUAGAAAAGCAAGGUAUUAAAAUAGUGGUGGAUACAACUUCUUUAAAUUACAUCAAAGGAUCAACAAUUGACUAUGAACAACAGUUAAUCAGAGCUGCUUUUAGAUUAAUAAGAAAUCCACAAGCACAGGAUGGAUGUUCUUGUGGUGCAUCAUUUUCAAUAAAAAUUGACUGAUUGUAUUUUACUUACCUCAACUUUUAGUGUAAAUAAUAUAAUAUAUGUUAUUA